UACAUUUCUAAAGAAUGCAACAAUUGUUUAUUGCUCUCGUCCUUCUCGUGCUCGGAGUUAAUGCCAACAUUCACCCGGAUAUCAUAGAGGAUGCUCACUUAGAUUCGCUGGGAUUACUGCGCAAGUACGGAUAUCCCGCAGAAGAGCACAUCAUCGAAACGGACGAUGGAUACCUGCUGGGUCUUCACCGUUGUCCGGGUAGUCCCGCAUCUCCGGAAGCGGUUGGCAAACCGGUAGUUCUGCUACAGCAUGGAAUGCUGAGUUCGUCGGCGGACUACAUUCUGAUGGGCCCGCAGACUAGUCUGGUUUACAUGUUGGCCGAUGCCGGAUACGACGUGUGGAUGGGAAAUGCCCGUGGUAACCGUUACUCGAAUCGUCAUCGCUCCAGAAACAACGAGACGCAGCAGUUCUGGGAUUUCUCCUGGCACGAGGUCGGCAGUAUCGAUGUACCGAACAUGAUUGACUACAUUCUGGCACAGACCGGUCAGCAGCAGUUGCAGUACGUCGGUCACUCGCAGGGAACGACGGUGUUCUGGGUUAUGAUGUCUGAACAUCCGUACUACAAUCGCCGUGUCAAAAGUGCCCAUAUGCUUGCACCUGCAGCCUACAUGCACCACACCAGAAGUCCGUAUGUAAUCUUUUUGGCUACCUUCUUGUACACUACGGAACUGAUGCUUCAAAUGAUGGGAACACAUUACUUUGCUCCGACCAACGAAAUGGAUAUUCAAGGUGGACUGGAACAAUGUCAUGAUGGCGCACCAAAUCAACAAAUGUGUACGAUAAAUACUUUCCUGAUUGCUGGCUUUAACACACAGGAGGUUAACUUCACAAUGCUACCGGUUAUCCACGCUCACUCACCAGCUGGAGCAUCCGCUAUGCAGAUGAUUCAUCAUGGCCAGACAACGCGGUCACGUAUCUUCAGACGGUACGACCAUGGGAUUGCGAUCAAUAAUAUUCGCUAUGGACAACCAACUCCUCCGCGGUACGAUUUCUCGAACGUCCAGGCCCCAACUUUCCUGUAUCACAGUACCAACGAUUGGCUGGCGGCUCCGGAAGACGUUGAACUACUUCGCCAAGAGUUACCGAAUGUCCACAAAACGUAUCUGGUUCGAAUGCGCGAAUUCAACCAUAUGGACUUCGUGUGGGCCAUCAACGUCCGGUCGCUGCUAUACGACGAACUUCUCGCGGAUCUUCAAGCAAACGCAUAAUAGAUGCACUGGACCGGAUUUUCCUACGGUUGCAUGACUCAACAUUAAGGAAUGAAAUACAUACCAUUUUUUAAACCCCC